GUUGACUCGGACACCCAAUGGUGCAUUGACGAGCAGGCAACAGGCCCCCACUAGCGAGCAACCUAGUCGGUAUCCGUCGAUUCAACUAGGCCUACCUUUCUCUCACUUCAAAAGGUAUAUAGAGGGAGCCUUUGGACGUUCUGCGCCUCGCCUCUUGAUACCAUGAAACGUCUACCACAUAGAACAAACCGUCUAUCGUUUUUCAGAGACGACCACAUCAUGGCAUUCGCUCGAGAAGCCGGACUGAACGUGGGGCGACCACGAUCCCCCGUGGGCGGCCAGGGAAGGAGGGCGCCCGAGGCGGUGUCGAUCAACAAGACCGAAAAGGGCAAAGAGAAAGGAAACGCCGGCGAAGACGAAGGACCCAAAGAGCCAGAGGUGCCUCAGGGUAGCAUCACCCAGGCCAAGAACCUCUACUCCAAAAGGGACAACGACGGCAAAUACCAAUGGGUGACUGAAGAGCCAGACGACGCCGUCGACGCCGCCGAGAACAGCGAGACCGCCCGCUACGCUUUUCUCGUGCGGAACAAGAAAAGCUACGACAGUCGGAAGAAGUACGACAUCGACUCCAUCAUCGUCCAGUCCCCGUGGUUGAAGAAGUCACUGGGCGUGAUGUUCGAAGACUACCCGGGCAUCACGACCAAUCUGGAGCGGCUCGUCUUUCGGGCUCCGUUGCACCCGUUCGUCCACCGUUGGGAUAAGCUGCUCGCGUUGCUGGAGCAGGACGACUUUGAGGACCCCAUCGCCAAAGAACACCUCCGGCUUUUUCACGACGUCGUGUAUGAGGAGCUCAAGAACGCCAUCGCGGCAAAGCUCGACCUGGUCAAGAACGGGGUCAUCACCUUUGAGUACCUCUGGACCAUCUUCGAGCCGCAGACUCUGGUCUACAGCGUCAGAGACAACAAGGAGUGUGUCUUCAAGCUCAACUCGUCCCACACGGCUGUCGACCAGCGCGCCGGCUUGCAGUAUCUGUCCCUCGACGUCUGGUCCUGCGACUGGGACGGCACCAAGUUUGGUCGGAACAGCACCGAGCUCAAGAACUACGAGUUCUCUGGGACGACCCCGAUCAGUUCUCUGGCGGCCUUUCCCCUUGAAUUCCACCCGUCCAAGAAGCAGCUGAAGUUGUCCUUGAUCGCGCGGGGAAAGCUCUUCGAACGGUUCGCAGGCUACCACUAUCAGGCGUACCGGGGCGUCGCUCUGGGGUACGGUCGUUGCGGCAUGAUCCGACACAACAUCGAAUCCCGGGUCAUCAUCGACUGCGAGGCCCAUAAUCGAUUUCUGCCCAACUAUGCCACCUACCUCGACUCGUUGCCCCAAACCAGGCGGGUUUCGAGUGGCACAACAUCGAGCGGGACCGGGUCCGACGACGACUAUGACGAAUUCUCGUGCGACGAUACACCACCGAUCUUCCUCGGGACGACUCCCAGCUCCGGUGAACUCGAUGACGCAGGCAUCAUGAAGCAGAAGCAUCGGCCUUUGACCACACAAGAGCUGCUCCUCACUGUGCCGUACGUCAAAGGGUAUGCUAUCAAGAACAAGAAGUGGUUGUGGUUCUACGUGGACCAGAUUGAGCCAAUCAAGUUCGCCGACAAUGCGUUCUCUUCGCUCGUGCUCCCAUCGGAGCAAAAGUCGCUGAUUCGCGCCUUUGUGGAAUCCCAAGUGAAGUACAAGAACGAUUUUGACGAUGUCAUCGCCGGCAAAGGUCGGGGAAUGAUCAUGCUCUUGGCGGGCCCGCCGGGCGUGGGAAAGACUCUGACGAGCGAGAGUGUGGCCGAGGACAUGCGUGUGCCAUUGUACUGCAUGAGUGCUGGGGACCUGGGUUUGGACCCGUCGGGUAUUGAAGAAUCCCUGAACCUCGUGCUGGACAUGGUCAGCAAGUGGAAUGCCGUGUUGCUGCUCGACGAAGCAGAUGUCUUCCUCGAAGCACGCAGUUCCAAUGACCUUGAGAGAAACAAGAUGGUCUCCAUCUUCCUGCGUGUUUUGGAAUAUUACGAGGGAGUUUUGUUCUUGACCACCAACCGAAUCCGCAAUAUCGACGCCGCUUUCCACUCUCGGAUCCACGUCACCAUCAACUACCCCAAUCUUUCCAUUGAUUCCCGUCGGCAUGUGUGGCAGACGUUCCUCGGAAAAGACAGCAGCGUGACUGAGAAAGACAUUGAUCGUCUAGCUUCGGUGGACCUGAACGGCCGACAAAUCAAAAACAUGCUGAAGACGGCACAGAUGCUUGCACGAAGCCAGGAACAAGGAAAUGGCGAACGUGGAAAGGUGGGCAUGAAUCACAUCGAGACGGUGCUCGCCAUUGAACGAGGCACAUCCUGGGAGUGAUUGGUGGGGGCAACUCACGGAGUACAUUUAGGCCGACAUACGUGCAUGCAUGCAUGCAUGCAAAUGCAAGAGUUGUGAUGGCCGCAGAAGAGGCCGGGCUGUGGAUGGAAAAGAAGCAAUGGGGCUGGGGUGAGGGAAGUGCAGGAUGGGACUUUCUUAGAGUUAGUUGCCUGAGGUCAUUUUGCCCGUCUUUGCGGCGUCCGGC